AUGCCUAUCAGCGGUGUCCUCGUAAAUGUCCACGACCCUGACUACGUGUUGGCGACGCACAGAGACGGCGUGCACGUCAAGGUCGAAGGUCAGCAGUUCACCUCUACCAACAAUCAGAGGUGGACCGCGGUGUACAAGUAUGACAGACCGACGGACAUGCGUCUGUGGUCGGUCCAGAACAAGGAUACUGGAAAUUUCUUGUCGUGGAACUCGAGCAUGCAAGUCCUCAUGAGCGACACUCAGCACUGGUGGAAAUUGGUCUUCGAAGGCGAGAAUAUCGCACUCCAAGUCCCCCACGCGUCCAAGGACGAUCAAAGCCACUAUACUUUGGAGCUUGAAGAUAAUGGAUCGGUGACGUGGCCCGUUGACCGUGGUGCCAUACUGUUUCUGACGCUCGUUGCAGGUCACCCUCAAGAACCAGACGGGGCAGCUCAUCAGCAGGCAGCUGUGGACUCCCAUGGAUAA